ACCUACUUGGUUUCACCUGGAAAGGAGAAUAUUAUUUCGAUAAGUGCUUGCCAAUGGGUUGUUCGUCAGCAUGCAAAAUUUUCGAGACGUUUAGCACUGCGUUGAACUGGAUUGCAAUUAACAAACUCGGGAUAGGACACAUGCUGCAUAUUUUAGACGACUUCCUCAUUAUUUCUCAGGGCAGGGGCAAGUGUCGGGGAGAACUUGAAGCAUUUUUAAACAUAUGCGGAGAUAUUGGGAUUCCUUUUGCGCCUGAAAAAACAGUAGGGCCUGCCAACUGUCUCCAGUUUCUAGGAAUCGAAAUAGAUACUAUUGCCAUGGAAGCCAGGUUACCUUCAGACAAAUUAGUUAAGGCUAGAAGCUUGACCGCUGAUAUGUGCAAGAAGAAGGUUAGACUUAGUGAGCUGCCAUCCUUAUUAGGCUACCUUAAUUUCACUUGUAAAGUUGUGGUACCAGGUAGGGCUUUUCUUAGGAGAUUGUAUGAUUUAACUGUCGGGACCCAGAGACCCCAUCAUCGGAUACGGUUAAAUAAGCAAGCUCGGGAGGAUCUUAAAUCGUGGCUGCAAUUUCUUGGUCAGUAUAACGGGAUAUCCGUAUUGCGGAAACAGGCGUGGUUGUCGAAUAGUGCGCUUCAUCUCUUUACCGACGCUGCAGCGUCGUUAGGGUAUGGAAUUGUUUUUAGAAGCAAACGGGCGUAUGGAGUUUGGCCAGGCUGUUGGAAGUUGUUUAACAUAGCUGUCUUAGAGUUUUUCCCCAUUGUGUUGGCAGUUAGAUUUUGGGCUGAAGAGCUAAGAGGAAAAUGUAUUCUGUUUCAUACAGACAACAUAGCUUUAGUGUCCGUUAUCAAUAAGCAAACGUCUAAAGAAGUCAAGUUGAUGUCCUUGGUGAGGGACCUUGUUCUUUCGUGUUUGAAACGGGAUAUAAUUUUCAGAGCGGAACACAUACCGGGAAGACAUAAUAAGUCGGCAGACCUACUUUCUCGUUUACAGAUAUCAAAAUUUGUCAGUCAGGCACCAUGGGCAGACAAGCAGGAAACGCGGAUUCCUCCGCCCCUACAACCCGAGAAUUAUCUAUUCACUUAGAUACUUUAUUAGGGGCAGCUCUAUGUAAGAAUAGUCAGGCUACUUAUACCAGAGCGUGGGAAUUGUACAAUGAAUUCUCCCGGGAUUGUCUAGGUAUUUCGCCGGCGCUACCGAUAGCAACACCUAACUGGGCACUAUUUUUGGCGUAUAUGUUCCAUUUAAAGUUAGCACCUUCAACAAUGAGGACCUACAUUUCAGCGUUAGGUUACAUUCAUAAAAUUCGCGGUUUAGAGGACAAAUCAAAUUCUUUUCAAGUUCAGAAGUUGUUACAUGGGGCUAAGUGUCUAAACUCUUCAGUAGACCAGCGUCUACCAAUCACAGAGGACAUACUGGGCAGGAUGAUUGACUCAUUACCUGUGGUGUUUUCCAACCCUUCAAUCAGACUACUUUAUGAGACAAUGUUUUUAGUUGCCUUUCACGGAUUUUUUUGGAUUGGUGAACUGACGGUGCGUAGUUCGGAUGAGGAAGCGGCCUUGCAGGUGCAGGACGUUUCACUUUCCAGCUCCGCGGCCUAUCUUAAUAUAUCGAUGUAUAAACACAACAGCGGUAAAGCUAGCAAGAUCGUCACACUAGACAAGUUAGACAGUACCCUAUGUCCAGUUGCUGCGCUCAAACGUUACCUACGACAAAGGUCUCUCUUCCCAGGCCCUCUGUUUUGUGACAGAUGCUUUAAACCGGUAGCAAGAUCCUCCUUUAACGAGGCACUCAGAGUUGUAUUUAACUUCUUAAGGUUAGAUUCUACUAGAUACAAAGGACACAGUUUCCGUAUAGGUGCAGCAUGCUCGGCAGCAAAGAAAGGCUGGUCGGACGCAAAAAUUCGGCAAAGGGGCCGGUGGAAUUCAGAUGCAUUUAAAGCAUACAUUCCUGUUCAGCUGUAGAGAAUAAGGGUUGUUGUCGGUAGCGUAGCUCAGCGGAAAAAGAGCCUAUUUGCUGAAUAGGACCAAUUAGAAGUUUGGCAAUCUAGAGUUUUAUUUAUCACUUAAAUGUAGGGA